GAGGAGACAAAGAAACAAAAGAAAGGACAUCUCUCUAUCUACCUUUCUCUUUAUUUAUUUUCUUCAUCAUUCUCCCCUUCACAUAUCUUCUCUCUCUCUCUCAACGCAAUCCACUCCCUUUUUCUCACCCCCUUCAUCAAUCUUCAAUAACUCAAUCAAACGGUUAAUCUGCAUGCACAACUUUCCCCAAUCAAUGAGCGUCGAUCAUACGCGUUUCAAUUCUAGCCGCCGUUAAAGAAUCACGUCCCCGUUACUAUCAAUCAUAUCAUUGCCAACAGAUGGUUGAAAUUAGGGUUUGUCGGCGUAUGUGAAAAUAAAAGUUUCGAUUUUCAUUCAAGAAUAAUAAAUCUUGUUGUAUAGUGUUUGUGGACCGAAAUCGAUCGUUAAUUUGGAUCGUUUUUGGUGUGAAUCGGCGCUUGAUUUGAUUAUUAUCAAGUGGGGUUGAGUUUUUACAAACCCUAGGUUAGGUAUAAUUGGGUACAUAUAGAUCUGAGUAUAGAUUAGCAGUUUAUGUUGACCGUGUGAGUUGAUUUGAAUAAUAAUUAUGGAUCGUGUUGUUGGUGGUAAGUUUAAGCUUGGGAGAAAGAUUGGGAGUGGAUCUUUUGGUGAGCUUUAUUUAGGUGUUAGUAUUCAGACUGGGGAAGAAGUUGCUGUUAAGCUGGAACCCACCAAAACGAAGCAUCCUCAACUUCAUUAUGAAUCAAAAGUUUAUAUGCUGCUUCAGGGAGGAAUGGGAGUACCUAGCCUUAAGUGGUAUGGAGUUGAGGGCGAUUACAACGUCAUGGUGAUCGACCUACUCGGACCAAGCCUUGAAGACCUUUUUAACUAUUGCAAUAGAAAGUUUUCCUUGAAGACAGUUUUAAUGCUUGCAGAUCAAUUAAUAAAUAGAGUUGAGUACAUGCAUGCAAGAAGUUUUCUUCACCGUGACCUAAAGCCUGAUAAUUUUUUAAUGGGCCUGGGCCGCAAGGCAAAUCAGGUGUACAUCAUUGAUUUUGGCCUCGCAAAAAAGUAUAGGGAUCUUCAAACUCAUAGACACAUACCGUAUAGGGAAAACAAGAAUCUUACGGGCACGGCUCGGUACGCUAGUGUCAACACACAUCUUGGAGUUGAACAAAGUAGACGGGAUGAUUUGGAAUCACUCGGUUACGUUCUUAUGUAUUUCCUAAGAGGAAGUCUUCCCUGGCAGGGACUUAGAGCGGGAACCAAGAAGCAGAAAUACGAUAGGAUAAGUGAAAAGAAGAUGUUGACUCCAGUAGAGGUGUUAUGCAAAUCGUAUCCAUCAGAGUUCAUGUCGUACUUUCACUAUUGUCGAUCGUUGAAAUUUGAAAGCAAACCAGACUAUUCGUAUUUAAAGAGGCUUUUUCGAGACUUGUUCAUUCGUGAAGGCUAUCAGUUUGACUAUGUCUUUGAUUGGACCAUAUUAAAGUAUCCACAAAUUGGUGCAAGCUCUAGAACACGGAUUCAAAGUGUGAAUGUUGGUCAAAAUGUUGGGACAUCUGCAGAAAAACCAGGAAGAACCUCGGCUGUGCAAGAUGUUCGCGAGGCCUUCCCUAGAAGAAAUUCGCCAGGUGGCAGUCGCCUUGAACUUUCAAGAAACAGGAUUUCAGAAAAUGUACCUUCAUCAAAAGAUGUGCAACUCGAUUCAGAAAAAGUCCGAUCUUCUAGAAACGGGAGUUCGUCAAAACGUGCCUCCUUUUUAAGCAGCAACAAACCAACUUCUUCAGCAGAUGCGACAGAUGGCAGAUCAAGCCGACUCAUGUCAAGUAGUGGGGGCCGCUUAUCUACUACUCAAAGAGGAUACGACACCAAACCGUUAGCAUCUGGUACUUCAAAAGGCGGCCGUGAAGAUCCUCUUAGGAGCUUCGAGUUCCUACAAAUCAGGAAGUAAAACGAUAUAAGGUGAUAAAAUAAAACUAAAGUGCCCAGAACGUUUUAAGUUGUGCAAAAAUAGGAAAAUUCAUGUUUUUGGAUGAGUUUCCUUGUAUGGGAAUUUUUGUUCUUAUGCAAUACUUCAAGUAGGCUGCGAUGGAUGUUGUAUGUGCUUUAGAACAAAUGACUUCCCUUUAUAUUUUCGGAUUGAGAUUUUUUAAAUAACUUUUAAAACUGGUUGCCUGAUUC